AUGGCCGGCCAAGCCUUCGCCAUUCCACUUGUGACAGACCCAACAGCUUCGACGGCUUCGCGGGCAACCGCUUCGCGGGCAACCGCUUCGCUUGCUUCAAGCUGUACAGCGCGAAGCUGGAAGAGCACAUCGAGCUGGUUAACAGUCCCUGCUCUAGGUGCGCUGACUCUCUCCGUGUCAUUGCAACGACGGGGUCGAGCGGAAAGGAGGAGCGCCCGUUGGAGGAGGGCCUUGCCGGAGUUUAUCGAGACAAAAGGGGUGCCAGUUGUCCUAUACGCGCCCAGGGCCGAGGUCGAAGAGCAGGCUUUGGAGCAGCUGAUCAGCUUGGCCGAGUCGCCUCUUCCAGUGGGGCACGUCGCCGCCAUGCCGGAUGUGCAUAUGGGCAAAGGUGUUGCAAUUGGUGCAGUCUUCGCGUCCGAGAGAUUUGUCUGCCCCAAUGCUGUGGGAGUCGACAUUGGCUGCGGGAUGUGCGCGGUUCCCGUGGAUGGCCUCUUCAAGCAGGACCUGUCCGAGGAGAAGAUGCGGAGACUCCAGGCCUUGAUCAAGGAGCGCAUCCCGACGUCCUUCGACUCGCAUGCGGUGCAGCUCUCCUGGGCCAAGGGAACCUUGAACGACAUCAGCAGAGAGCACCAUCCCACCGACUACCUGGCCGAGCGCAUCGACAAGGAAGCCAAGAUCGCCAAGCAGCUGGGGACCCUGGGAGGUGGAAAUCACUUCCUGGAGAUCGUCUACUCGGAGGGCGAUGAGCAGGUAUGGUGUAUGUUGCACAGUGGCAGCCGAAACGUCGGCAACACGACGGCAUCUUUCUAUGACAAAGUCGCCGGCAACAGGGGAAAUGCUCUCAGAGGUCUCCACGGAUCACUAAAUUUCCUGGAGAUUGACAGUGCUGAUGGGCAGAAUUAUCUCAAAGACAUGCAGUGGUGUCAGGCAUAUGCCAGAGAGAACAGGAACAGCAUGAUGAACAUCAUGGUUUCGUCAGUGGAGGAGGUAACCGGCAAGCGAGCUGACAUGUCAAGGGCCGUGAACGCCCAUCACAACUUUUGUCAGUGCGAGAAGUGCCGCUUCUACGAUCACCGAACUGGGGUCGUGAAGGAGAAAGACCUCUGGGUCACUCGAAAGGGUGCCACAAGUGCGCGUGAUGGCCAGUAUGGCAUUAUUCCAGGCAGCAUGGGUGUCGGGAGCUACAUUGUCAAGGGGCGUGGGGCUAAAGGCUCCUGGCAAAGCUGUUCUCAUGGUGCUGGCAGGACCAUGUCCAGAACACGUGCGAAGAAGGUAAUCCCACAGGAAGACUUCGAGGCCUCAAUGAAGGGCAUCGUUUGCGACACCAAUCCGGCGGUGAGGGACGAGGCUCCACAGGCCUACAAAGACUUGGGGAAGGUCCUCAAGAACCAGGCCGAGCUGGUGGAGGUGCAGAAUCGGCUGCUCCCACUGGUCAAUGUCAAGGGCUUCGAAGAGAAGGGUGCCUGGCUUGAGCUCGGCUACGUGCACGCGCAUUGCAUCACUUUACCUGCCAAUCAGCACGAAGCCAUCCAGAAUCUAAAGCUAGGCGACGGAUUUGCACCACUCGCUUUCUGGGUAGUCGCGAUGCAGAUCAGGGCAGAUCCACCGAACUGGUGGACUGAAACUGUCUUGAGCAUUGCGGACUUCAAGCUCAAGGAAGGAGGCUCCAUGGUAGCAAAGCACUUCGAAGGUGUCUUCUUUAAGACUUGCUGUUGUUUCUCGUUUUUUGCCGAGCAAGGCUCCAGCUACCUGGCGCAUGCCACCUCGACGAAAAAGGAUCUGCAGCAGAAGGGCUCGGCGAAGAGGCACAUGGCUCAAAGGGAGAUGCGAGACCCCAUGGAGUUCCAAUUUGAAACCGCGUUCUUCGCGGGCCGCCAGCCUCCUCCAGAGAUAUUUCUGAGACAUGGCCAGCAAGCAUUCAUGGACAGAGACUAUGAUGCCCUGGAGCGCAUCACCAGCGGCCAAUGUGCCUGGAGCGACCUGACCAAGGCGGAGCUCAGGAACCUGGCAGAGUUCAGCGAAGAGCCCAAGUCUGCCAUCGAGGGUCUUGAGGGCUUGGCGCUGGAGUACACGUGGCAGGAGCUGCACCAGGCGACGGACGGCUUCUCGGCGGCUCGUCAGCUGGGUUCAGGUGCGAGCGGUACCGUCUACCGCGCCACGCUGUGUGAGGGCACGGAAGCAGCUGUGAAGGUGCUGGAUGCACCAUUGCGCGGGGGCUUUGAAGAUGAAGUUCGCCUCCUCUCCAGAUGUCGGCAUCCGAAUGUUGUGAUGCUUCUCGGAUUUGCUGAAGAAAGCCUAUGCAGCGUUUUUCGACAUCGUCGCUGUGCUCUGGUCUAUGAGCUGCUGCACGGUGGCGACCUUUAUCGAAGGCUGCAGGCCUCCAGAGCUUACCUCUGGCAUGAGAGACUGCGAACAGCAACCGAAGUCUGUCGGGGCCUGGCCCAUCUCCACAAGCAUCGCCCCAAGAUCUUUCACCGUGAUAUCAAGAGCCAGAACAUCCUCUUCAGCAGUGAUGGCACCGCGAAGAUAGCAGACUUUGGAUUGGCAUGCAUGGCCGCUGACACCGAAGUCCACGAGAUGGCCACCUUGCAAGUUGCUGGCACUGUGGGCUAUUCAGACCCACUCUACACCAGGACGGGCGUGAUGUCAGAGUCCAGCGAGUGCUACUCCUUUGGGCAGGUCCUCAUUGAAAUCCUAGUCGGCCGCCCUCCAGCCGUGCUUGCACAAGACGGCCAUAGCUGCGUUUUCUUGAGCGACGAGCUCCGGCCCAGAGAGGAUCGUGCCAAGAGCCGUGUACUGAGUCGCCUCGACAUGCGUGCGCAGUGGCCUCUCUACACUGCUGCCGGACUUUCGACGCUGGCACUGCUCUGCAUCCACGAGGAUGCCGACCGACGCCCCACCUUCCUCGAGGCAACUGACAUGCUCAGAGACCUGACGGCUGCUGCACUGGCACAAGAAGCCGAACAGGACAUUCCUGGUCGAGAUCAGGGUGACCAACCUGAAGUAUGUCAUCAAGCUACACCAAUUGCCAAAGCCCAUGUAAUCUUCCAACCUGGCAGGGAGGACUCGACGACUGCCUCACCCAAAAAUGCGCUGAAACAGCCUGGCUUUCCCCAGCUGGAGUCGGCAGAAGUCUUGGGCCAACUCCUCCAGCACGCCCACCAGGUCAACUGCCCACCUCGCCAGGCGCAUCCCGCUGCACAGGCCCAGGCGGCCCAGGUGCUCCUGCCUUCACCAAACUUUGCACACCCAAAGCAGGCAAGCUUGCACCAGGCGCAACUGCAAGUGAGACUCUCCCCCGUGCAGCACAAACGGCAGACACAGGCUCUGUCACCCGGUGCCGUCGUGCAGAUGUCACCGACGGCUGCCUUGCAGGUCUGGCAGCCCCUUUCCCCAGGUCAUGGACCAACUGGACCGCAACCUCUGCAGUUGAUGCAGGUGGCCGCCUGCCCUCGCCCGAUAAAUCGACCCUGUGGACCCGCGGUGACUCCCGCGGGGCCUGCUUCCCCUCCAGCGAACCUGCGGAUGACGCAUGCAAAGUCCAUGCACGAGACGCAGGUGGAGCCCAAAGGAAUCGACCUUGGUCAACGAGCCAGCUCUUUGGCGGCUCCUGUUCUGGUCGGAGAUCGACAGCCCCCAGGCGCCGAGGACGCUACUGAAGCGCGUAGCGAAUCUGUCUGA